UUUAUCAAUCUACUGUUAGGUAAUAAGAAUGAUAUGGGGCCUGAAAUAGAUUCGCUGCUGAUUUUCCUAAAAUUAAGAAAGGUUUUGAAAGUUUUAUUUCUUUUAGUUUGGCUCUCGUUGGUUCUGUUACUGGUCCAUGGGUCAAAUGGCCAGGGGCCCCAGGUCACCUUGCCCGGCCUGGGCACCUUGGAGGGCUUCAUAGGCAACUCUUUCAUUAAUGAUAGGCCUUUUAAUCACUUCAGAGGAGUGCCUUUCGCACAGCCGCCUGUCGAUAAUCUGCGAUUCCAGGCUCCGCAACCGGUCCAGGCUUGGUCUGGUAUUUUGGAUGCCCACACCAAUUUUGGUCACAGGUGCCCCCAGGUUGGACUUGCUGGAUAUGACUGGCAUACCCAAGCUGAAAACUUGGCGUUUGGUAGCAGAGCGGACAACGAGACCGGAGAGGAUUGUCUCUAUCUUCAAAUUUACUCGCCAAAUUUGGAUCCCUCGGCCAAUUUGCCUGUGAUCGUUUUCUUCCACGGAGGUGCCUUUUCCACUGGCUCAUCUCGGCUGUAUGGCGGUAGCAAAUUUAUGGACCAUGACGUCGUGCUCGUCGUCCCUCACUACCGACUUGGACCCCUUGGGUUCUUCUGUCUUCACACCGAUGAAAUUCCCGGCAAUGCUGGAAUGCUUGACCAAGUGGUGUCACUCCGGUGGGUGCAGAACUACAUCUCGUUCUUUGGAGGAGACCCGAACAAAGUCACCGUCAUGGGCGAAAGUGCCGGCGGAGCCAGCGCAUCCAUGCUCAACCUCAGCCCUCUUUCCACCAACUUAUUCCAGCAGUACAUUGCUCAGAGUGGCACAGCACAAGCCACCUGGGUAGUCGACACGGAUCCUGUCCGCGCCGUCCAGGAAAUUGGCACUAUUGCUGGCUGUCCCAGCAUUGAAACAACUGCGCUCACUGAUUGUCUAAAAAGCAUCGAUUACCAAAUUCUAAAUGAGGCCCAAAGGGCAUUCAUGGCUGCAGAGUUUAAGGAAGGCCGCAUUGGUUUCGGAGGAAGCACUCCAGUGGUGCAAAAAGCAGGCGCUGUCCGCUUUUUGGAGCGACUGCCGAAGGAAAUCUACGAGUCUGGCGACUUUGUUGGAAAGCCUUCCAUUUUUGGCACCAACAAACACGAGGGAACGAUGGUGUAUUAUCUAAUUCACAAUGGCUAUUUGGUGCCGAAUGGACUGGAGUCGGAUUCGGAAUUCAUGAAGAGAGGCAUUACCAGACUCUUUCUGAAAUACUUCGGCGUCAGAGAUCAAGGAGACACCUUGGCUAUCGCUGUCGAGGACACAUUCUUGGGCAGGCAAAAUAUGGGCAAUUUAACGGCCAUAACGCCUGGCGCGUUGGAUUUCACUGGAAACAUGUUCAUCAAGGGCCCUGUUUACGAACUUGCUGAAUUAAAUGCUGCCAAGGGCUCUCCUACCUAUCUUUAUUCAUUCCAUUAUUACGGAAGCAGAUCCAUCUUCCCGUUUUUUGCACCGAAUGCUCCAAUUCCAGGAGGUGUCUGCCACGCAAAUGAACUCAUUCUGCAAUUUACCAUGCCGACAUUCACCACAGACGAUCAAGAUAAAAUUAUUUCAAACCAGAUUGUCAGUCUUUGGGCUAAUUUCGCUGCUUACGGGAACCCCACACCGGAGUCCAAUCCAGUUGAAGGAAUUCCCACUUGGCCACUUUGGAAUGCUAAUGAUGAUUCUUACUUGGUUAUCAACAUUACCUCCUCAAUCGCUCAAGAUUACACUCGAAACGACUAUUUUAUUUCGAUCAACGAAAAUUUCCCUUUCUCUUGGCCCUAGAUUAAUUGUUUGAAGAAAAAUAUACGUGGACUAUAAACU